UAAAAAUCACACUGGCAUUACCUUGCCUUGGCCUUUCAUCCUACAACAAUACAACUGAGAAGAGUGAAAGUAGAACCACAGGUUUUUUCUCUUCUUCCAUCAACUUUUACUCUUGUGACAACAGUUAUUCAAACGACCCUAAUAACAGUGCAUACCUGAUUGAUUUUAUGACUAAAUUCGAGAAAAGUGAUCGAGUGUCAGCGAUAUCGAUUUUUCUGCAACCUUUCGUUCUGUUUUCCCGUGUUCCAGUUGUCAAAUUGAAAUCUCCUUAUGGUUCAGCAGAAGGGAAUCUAAUAAUGGAGGACCAGUAUAUAAGUAUUGACAUAUUCAUACCUAAGCUGCUAGAAUGGUUGUUGAGCAGGAGGCAUUGUAUGUACGACUGGCAGGCUGCUGUCAUUGCGAUCAGGGCUAAGAUCAACGAGGCGAUCCAGGAUAUGCCCGAGAACAAGGAAAUCACCCUCUUACUCUCAGGCACAUAUAUAAAUUAUUUCCAUUGUCUUAAGAUAAUCGACAUUCUCAAAGAGACGGAAGGAGAUUCGAAAAAUAUAUUUGGCCAGUAUAGCUCGAAGCGUCUCAAAGACUGGCAGGAGAUUGUGAAUUUGUACAAGAAGAAAAACGUGUACCUCGCAGAGGCCGCUGAACUGUUAAUCAACACGGUUAAAUACGAACUGCCUUCUAUUAAGAAACAGAUAGCAAAGCAGAACCAGCUGAAAGAAGAAUGGAGGAAAAAGGAGUCGGAUGCCGUCAAGAUGGGAAACAGCGCCAAGAACGAGUUGAACUCCCUGCUUAGAGAGUUGGGCCUCGAGGGCCAUCGUACGGGCUUUAGAAAAGCGUUGUUGACCUCUGCUAAACAGCUUUAUACAAUAAACGAAGACGUCGCUGGCCGGAUCAAAACGAUCCUGCCGGCGAUCGAGUAUUACAAAUUGUUCACUUCGUACUCCCAGCCGAAGAGCGAAAUAGACCUUGCUCUCAUCAAAUAUCUCUCGAACAAGGGCAACACGACUACUUACGAAUGGGAAAAAGGCGUCAAACCAACCAAAGUAAUUUUGCCAACUUUAGCAGCAGAAGAGUCCGAGCAAGAUGAUGGUACGAUCGAUUGGGGUUUUGAUAUUGACUUUUCUGACAGUAAACAGAUAGAAAACGCUGAUUUGGAAGAAGUUAAAAAAGACACCAUUGAAGAGAAUAAUGACACAGAGGGUAAUGCAAUCGUAGCAGAAGGACCAUUGGCAUUGUCAGUACUAGAUAAUUCCAUUUUCAGGACAAAUUUAAUCAAUCAGCUCCUCGAGAUCCAAUGCUUUAUCAAAACUCGUCUGUAUGAAUUGGAACAUGGUGAAGGUCUGAACACCAUCGCCGAAUCGGCGUCUGACGUCAAAGAGAUGUCAUCGUCAAUUAACAACGUUUUAAAUUUGUUGACGAACACAACUACGGAAAACUUCUACAAUAUACUGUAUUACCCACGGUACUUAGACGACAUUUUGAAGAAAAUCGAGGCGAAGGAGAACGCAAUCGAAAGGGGCGCAGCGAUCUCCCUUGUUGCCAAAGAGAAGGCCGCAGAAGCGGAACGGGAGGUGGCGAACCUGAACCAAAAGGUGCAGGUCAUAGUAAAAAAAAGCCGUGAACUUCAAAAAGAGAUAUCAGAAGACAUAUCGCAAAGAUAUAACGGACGGGAAGUCAACCUUAUGGGAGGAGCGAGUGUCAAUUAAGUGUAAGAAAACUGAUGUCUUGAUUUUUAUAUUUUCUAUUGAAAAUAUUUUAUAAAUAUUGAAAUCUGAGAUUUCUGGUUCGGUUUAGGUGUUAAUGAAUUUUCAAGUUUGAUUUUUGGUUAUUAAAAACUUUGUUUCAUUCAUA